GUGAUGGAGAUGAGGAGGAGGGAGAGGAGCAGCGAAUGCCGAACUGCUUUGACUAUUUCAUGCAUAUAUUGUGCAUUUUCUGGAAGAUCCUGUUUGCUUGCGUACCACCCACAGAAUACUGGAAUGGCUGGGCCUGCUUCAUAGUGUCAAUCUCUGUCAUUGGUUUAUUAACUGCCGUUAUUGGAGACCUAGCUUCCCAUUUUGGCUGCACUGUCGGCUUGAGAGACUCCGUUACUGCAGUGGUCUUUGUAGCACUGGGGACUUCACUUCCUGAUACCUUUGCCAGCAAAGUGGCUGCCACUCAGGACCAGUAUGCAGAUGCAUGUGUGGGAAAUGUGACAGGAAGCAACGCGGUCAAUGUUUUUUUAGGCAUUGGGGUGGCCUGGUCUGUGGCUGCCAUAUACUGGCAAGUCAAAGGUAAGAUCUUCCGUGUUGACCCCGGCUCACUGGCCUUCUCUGUCACACUCUUCACCAUUUUUGCCUUCAUCUCUAUGGGGGUCCUGAUGCUACGCCGGAGGCCAUCCAUAGGUGGUGAACUUGGUGGCCCGCAGAUCUCCAAAGUCCUCACUUCACUGCUUUUCUUUGGACUCUGGUUCCUGUAUAUUCUCUUCUCCAGCUUGGAGGCCUAUUGCCAUAUACAGGGCUUCUGAGAGAGCACAGCUGAGGAAAGUAAUGACUGCACAAAUACACAUCACUAGGACAUUCACCUACACAGUUCUGUUUUAGUAGGCACCACUGAGAAGACCUAUCGUAACUUGACAACUGCUGCCAUGGUUCAUAAACAAAUGUAUACACACUACAGACUUGCACAUACAAAUCUGUGCAUCACAUCCACUGCAAGACAGUACAAGUCAGCAGAAUUUAUUGUGACUACACAGAUGAAUUUUCACUUAAGUGGACUAAAUAACAUGCAGUGAUUGUUUGUUAGAAAGGAGAGCAAAGCAGGUCAGCAUGCACUCUGUGAAGUCACUGGCUUUUGCUUGGUACUGGCUUGAUGCCUGACGGCUCAUAACCUUGGGUCUUGUUUCUCCUGGGGGCAGGGUCAUAUUAGACUCCCUGCUUUUACACAGUUGUGCAGUGUAAGGACACCUUACUGAGUGUAUCAUCAUGCUUUUAUCACAGCCACAUUGUAACAGAAGCUGUGUUCAAACUGUCUCCAAAGUUUGUUGUCAAGCAUUGUUUGACCAGGUAGAGUUAAUAGGUAAUGUUGUUUAAAGCAAAAGUGCUGUUGCUAUGGUUACCUCCAGUUUUUGCACACAGAUUUAGAACAAUAGUAGUAAAACUGUUGGCCGGUAGUGUCUGAGUUGUCUUGGUGUAGGAUUUUGAAUGGAGCUGCCAGCCAUUACAAGUGCUUUCUGUGGCUGUGGUAUAAAAAAACUGAGCACAGUUUGGGAGAUAAUCUGCUGUCGUGUAAUAAAUCACACUGAUAAAUUGUGUUUCUAUGUUGAGUUAUGUGACACGAGGCAUUGUUUAGUGAAAUGUAAUGCACCUACUGAUUCAAUCUCAUAUUGAUAAUAAAAAUGAAAGAAAUGCAGUAACUUAAUGUUAUAAAUGUAUAAUUGACAAAGAAUGAAUUUCUAUAAGAAGUGGAAUGGGAAAAAUUGUACAUGGUAUCUGCCAUUGAAUGUGACUGUUUGAAAGUUAUGAUUCAUUCACCCUUGAAAUCUUAUCUGUGUAUUUAUCAAUGGUGUAAUUUAAUGUCUUCGUAAUUUAAUGUAUUUGAUCUGAUGUGAACAAAAAUAUAUUGUAAUUUGUUGUAAACUGUC